UCGUCGCGAUUAAUCAAUUUGCUAAUUUAGUCCUACAUAUAAUUCAGACUGAACCCAAAUUGUAGAUAGAGGUAUUUGCUUAUUCUCGAUGGUGUUUCGGAUAUUGGUUUUUGACCCAAUGUCUUUGAAUAUGUAUUUGUUUUGAGUGUGUAAAAUGUACAGAAAGUCAUUGAGCUUGUCUAUCUAUAUAACUUACUUAGCUGUAUACAGAAUACCGAGACCACUGACCAGUCAUGAUAUUAUAAUUUAUUUACUUUUUAAUCGACUCUUUGUAAAUUCUACUCACUCCUUCGCGUUCUGCUUCGAUUUAUAGGUACACUGUACAGUGUACAGGUUCGAUUUUUUUUUCUUUUAAUAGUAUGUAGUUGGUACUCUAUCGUUGUAUGGGUGCUACAUGUACUCGUACAUAAACCAGAAUUUCGACUUGUGUUGAAAAUGCUGUCGAAUAUUUCCAGUUUGGCCUAAUAAUACUCGUACGUGCGUAAGUGUUGGUAUUUGUGUAUAAACUAGGAAGUUAUUUUUUGCCAGAAUGAAAAAAAUGUUUAAUUUCGGAAUUCGCAUUGGCUAAUUUUACUCUCGUAAUGGAAAUGAAAAUUUUCCUGUAUUUUUGUACUAAUCUAUGUGCCUGGGGAUGAGUAUCAUAAUAUUAUCAAAUUCUCUAAUAUUUUUUUCCUUUUUCAACGAAGAUCAUUGCUGCUCUCAAAAUCGUGGUAAUCAGUUUUAUUUCAGCGAAUAAGCAUUUUGAGCUCGACAAUGAACCUAAUUUGACGAAUAUUAUGAUUGAAAUUACAUCUGAAAUUAGGUUAUCUUACUCAGCAGGUGCCUAAUUAUUUUCUUUAUUCGAAUGUAAUGUGAAGUAAUAACCGAGCACUCAAGCACUCGAUUAGGUACUUAAGGUUUAUGUGGGCAGAUCUUCAAUGUGAUGCUGUAGAAGGAGGAGGAGGAGAAGAGAAGAUUAUGUUGUAAAAUGACCAAAAGUAGCGUUAUAUGUAAUAUGAUUUAGCUUGAAAUAUUGUACGGAAUUUUUGCUUUUGAGGUGGAAGAGCGAAGGUCAAAGUUCAAAUUAUGGUAUUUUAAUUUCGUCGAAAGAAUCGUGAAUUGCAGUUUUAGAGAAAUUACUCGUUUUAAUUCAAGUAGAAGUACGUUUUUUCCAAUUUGGAAAAGUGCACCGAUCCUGAGUAAAAAAAUCUCAACAAAUUUAAUUUAGUGGCAAGUUUUUUUCAAAUUGAAAAAAAAUAUGGGUAUUUAAAAAAAAUCAGAAAUGUUUUAUUCUUGUAAAAUUGUGAUAUUUCAAGUUGAUAUUAAUUUGAACGUGAAUUUUAGACAGCUGGGUGCCCCAAGAAGGUGAUUAUAGAGGUUUCCAAAAUGAUAUCUUUUUUUUUCAAAUAAAAAUACGAAUUUAGUUCAAAUUAAGGUUGACGAUGUAAUUAAACGUCUUCAGCGAGAAAUUCCAAGAUGAGAAAUUUUCCACCAAAAUUGACUACAUGGGGGGGGGGGGUGUAGUAAAAAAUGAGCUUUUAUCGUUUUUGAAAGUCUCUCACUCUCUCAAAAAAAAAUUUGCACAUUUAUGUGAGAUGCAUAACAUAAGAUUGAGUAUAAUUUUUUUCAUAAUUGCACCUAUGAAAAAACUCAGGCUCCAGAGCAUCGAUAUUACACUAAAUGGAUACACAGCAGGUCCACUUACCCCGCCGCAAACAACAACAUCAGAAUUUCACAGAAAUUUCUGUUUACUACGGUUAUUGAUGCGCCUCUUUUUCGCGCACCUCUUUUCUGAACAUGAACAUGAACAUGCAAAUAAUAAACACGUCGAAUUCUCGAAUUUAAUAAUUAAAAUCACACGUUGAUAAGGUUUCACUUUCAAAUUACGUUUUAAAAAUGAAAUGAUUUAUUUAUUUCGAUAUUAUUUAUUAUUAAUAAUUUUGGUUAUGCCUGGUAGACUGUAUAAUUGUUAUGUUUGCGGAAGUUACACUUCGCAAACAUUUUCGUAAGUUUUUUACCACUGAUCUAAUUCUCAUGUACUUACAUAUUUUAGUACAUAUAAAAAUGCAUUGUUAAAAGACGAAAAUUUUCCUUAUACCUGCCUAUAUUGAGUUUUUAAAAAAAAAAGUUUUGGGCUCAAACGGUUAAGCAAUAUUUAUUUUUAUGAACAUAGGUACAUCAUAUUAUUCAGUAGUUGUUCAAAAAUACAUAUCUAAUCACUGUCACUAUCCGUCUUUGGAAAAGUAGGGUCCCAAAUUCCAGGUGGGGUUUGGGACCUAACAAACUUGAAACGAUGUCUACAGGACUGAUCCACUAUUUUUCGAUAUUCUUCUUCCGAGUAUUUCUUUUUCAAAUUAUCAAAAAAAGGCUUACAGUUGUAACAUGGUUGCCCUGGAAGUCUCCAACGUUCUGAUUUCUUUGGGAUUCUGUCCCUAAGAUAUGCAUACUUAGGCUCAGGUUGUUCUGGAGGCGCAUAAUCGAAUGAAUCUUCAUCAAAAUUUUCUGGUUUAUUCUCCUUUUCAUCUUGAGAGCUUCUAAGUUUUUUCUUUGAGUUCACACUGUGUGAUGACUUUUUCCUUUUCUUCUCGGAGUUCUCGUCAGUCUUCACAUAACCACCACUAAUAUUUUCCAUUAUUUUUACUUUUUAAUACCAAAAAUAUUUCAAAUUUCACACGUUAUUGGAGCAUGUAGCUUUUUUACUGAAAACAGCAUUACAUAAUGAUAUUUAACACAUAUUUAUGGAAAAUUGGCCUAUAAUUUUUGAAAAAUCCAAAACGUCUAUAAUUUAAUUAUUUUUUUUUUUUUUAUAAAUUCGGACGAUAAAAUCAAGUUUUUGGAUAAUUUUUAAAAAAAGUUUUUCAGCAAUUUUGCUGGCAGGCAAGAUUUUUGAACAGUUGAAUUGGCGAUCACAAACAGUAAAUCUUUACCAUUGCAUUUUUAUAUUUGUCACAUUAUUUUGCAGAAUUCUAUGUUCACAAAUUCAUUUUACAGUUUCCCUGAGAAUGAUGAUAGAAGAGCUCAAUGGGCUCAAAUUUUGGGAAUUGAUUUUGAUCGUGUGUUUCCAAAUGAUAGAUUAUGCUCGAUGCACUUUAGAAGUCAGGAUAUUAAGCCUGCAAAAACUUCCAAAAAUCGAACCAAACUAAAACACAAUUGUACUCCGAUCAGUUUUUCUGGUAAUAUUAAUGAAGAUGAAUCUGAGAUCCCUAUGAGUGAUGUUGAAUUUGCAGCAGAAAAUAUAAAUACUGCUGGUGAUUCUGAUUAUAAUGAAAAUGUGACUGUGAUAUCCAACGUUUUAGAUUCCAGUACCAAUACCAAUACCCCUAUUAUUGAUGUCGAAUUUGCUGGAGAAGCUAUGAACACUGAUGGUGAUUUUUCAGAAAAUGAGCAACAAUUAUCAAAUUCUUCUCUUAAUAAUGCCAAUGAUGGUAACGAAGCAACAUCCUAUGUUUCAAAUUCUGAUUCUGAACCCACCACAAACAACGUAGAACUUGGUGCUGGCAGUGCCACACCACAAACUCCUCGGACAACGGAAAGGCCCAUACGUCAAAGAUAUCUUGGAGAUUUUUUAUCUCCGCAUAUGAAAUCUCCAAGAGUAGCAAGGAGGUUUUUCUACUUGGCGAAGGAGGAGUCGCGGCGGCAUAAAAAAAAAAUUCAUGCACUGCGAAGACAAAAUUUGUAUCUUAAGAAAAAAAUUAAAAAUAUGGAGGAUCUACUUGACCAUCUGAAAAAAAGCGAUUACAUUUCAGAGGCAGCAUAUCACCAUUUAUUGUCCACUGUACCGGAAAAUGUAAGAACUCUUGUAGACGCUUGCCUCACAAGUAAGAAGCCGCUGAAAUACGAUGAAAACAUACGCCAGUUUGCAGUUACAUUAUAUUUCUACAGCACAAAAGGAUACGCAUUCGUUAGAAAGGCAUGGAAAAAUAUGCUACCCGCAGAAUCCACUAUUCAAGCAUGGUUACGAGUUGUUAAUGGAGAACCAGGCUUCACCCAGGAAGCUUUUGAUGCAUUGAAAAAUCGAUCCGAUCAUAUAAAAGCUCCCUUACCAGUCAAUCUUGUCAUAGAUGAAAUGAGUAUUCGCCAACGUGUUGGUAUGGGUAACGAUGGCGUUGUAUUUGGAGCCGUCAAUUUGGGAAGUAAUAUGGUGAUCGAUGCGGAUACUGAAGAUAUUCCUAAAGCUAAAAAUGCAUUAGUGUUCAUGGUCGUGUCUUUAAAAACGAAAUUCAAGGUACCUGUAGGGUACUUCCUUAUUGAUGGCAUGACUGGAAAAGAACGCGCACAUCUCCUCAACAUGUGUCUAGAAAUGUUGCAUGACGCCAACACUCAUGUAAUGAGUGUUACUUUUGAUGGUGCGUAUGUCAAUUUCACCAUGUGUGAAGAAUUGGGAGCAAAUUUCAAACACGGCACGCCUCAAUUCAAGCCAUAUUUUCCUCAUCCAGUCACUAAAAAACCUGUGUACGUGUAUCCAGAUCCGAGCCACAAUAUAAAAAACAUCCGAAAUGCAUUUGCCGAAUAUGGUCCGUUGAAAAACAACAAGGGUGAAGAUAUUUGCUGGAAAUUCGUUCCUUUGCUGUACCAAUUGCAAACAGCUUCAGGGCUGCAUUUCGGAAACAAAAUUAGAAAAAAACACAUUGAUUUUUCAAAUACGAAGAUGAAAGUAAAACUGGCUACUCAAGUAUUGAGUGAAUCCGUUCACGACAGCUUGGAGCAUCUAAAAAGUGAGGGAUUUGAAGAAUUUCAAGGAAGCUCACCUACUGCUGAAUUUUGCAAAAAAUUUGAUGAAACCUUCGAUUUAUUAAACUGCAGAGAAAAAAACAAUUUUAAAAACAAGUUCUGCAAACCCCUGAAAACUGAAAUCAACGAUGAGAAUCUAAUAACGAAGAAAUCCAAAGCUGAGGAGCUGAAACAGUACAUUAUCAGCUUGAAAACCAGCCAAGGCACAUCCGUUAUGACAUGUAGUAGGAAAACUGGAUUUCUAGGGCUGGUUAUUUGCUUGGAGAACUUGUUUAAAAUUUAUGAAGCUUUAAAAACGUUACCUGACCACAAACAAGAUUACCUUUUAUCGUUCAAACUUAGUCAAGAUCAUUUAGAAAACUUUUUUUCGGCAGUAAGAAGAAAGAAUGGCUGGAAUAACAAUCCCGAUGCAUUACAGUUCAAAGGCGCUUAUCGGCAACUACUUGUUCGACAUGAAAUUGAAAGCUCAAAUCGUGCAAAUUGUGAAAAAGACGACGUUCCUAUUUUAAGUGCUUCCAGUCGCCGAAAAAAGAAAAAAAUUACUCCAUGCAAUGAAACACCAGCAGUUUUGCCUUCUCGUGAACCUGCAGUUGUUCAGCUUUCUCACGAACUUGCAAUUGCUGGACCUUCUCGUGACCCUGCAGUUGCUGGGCCUUCUCACAAACCUGCAAACACAUCAUUGUUAGAAUUCGAUACCUCCGAUGACGAAUUGGCAGCAUAUACAUCAGAUGCGGAUAUGAAUGAUUAUUCUUCAGAUAUCAGUGACCAUGAAGAAAAUGAACUAGUAACUGUAUAUCAAGACUUUGAGGACGAAAUUGAUUCACGAAUCGUUAAGGCUGUCAAAAUAAUUGUGCCUCAUAUUGCCGGUUUUGUUAUCAAGAGUAUUUUGAACAAAAAUGACUGUGGAAAUUGCAACCUGUCUCUCGUAAACAAGAAUCCUUCGCCGAAUACUUUAACUUCACGGAAAUCAAAAGGUCGUCUGGUACAUCCAUCGGAGAAUGUAAUGCAAUUGUGUCUCUCCACAGAGAUAGCUUUUCGGAAUAACGUAAAUGGAAUUUUCAAAAUGUCAUUUGAUGAAUCUGUAAAACAAACGGCUUUAAUGCAAUAUUUUAACAUCGGGUGUGAUAACAACGAUCAUUGCAACAAACUAAAAAAUAAUAUUGUAAAUAAGUAUGUAACGUUAAGAAAGCAUCACGAAUUCGAGCAAAUUAACGACGAUUCAAGUACGUCAGUGCGACAAAAGUUUACUAAACUGAUUCUUUUCAAGAAUCAAUAGCUCGCUAAUGUAAAAUCAAAUAAAUUAUUAUACUCUUACUUAUCAAAAUAAUUGAAAUUAUCGCUGAAAUCCUUCGUAGACCUACGUAUUCAUUAAUUGAAACCUGAAAAAAAGAAUAUAUCACAAAGUAAACUAGUUCUUUUUGCAAUUAAUAAUAAAACUGAAGAAUCUUAAAUACUUAUCUGAUGACAAUAAUGUUGUUUCUGAUCGGCAAUUACCAUCGAUGAUGGCGAUUACAAACAGUGGAACUUCAUAAAUGGUACUAAUAGAACUUCAUUGCAAUAAUUAAAGUCUCAAGUUCGAUUUAUUCAAAAUUAUUUACAUAUACAAAUUAUAUUUCAACGAAAACACUUGAAAUUAUAGUCAUUUUGAAAUUACAAUCUGUUGAAAAUGUUA